AGACGUCCCGUACAGAAGCAACAAUGUUCCCACACGGUAACAAUAUCAGGGUCGGUGGCCCAUCAAAUCACCAAAAAUCGUACCCGUCGUCGUUUCAAGAACAUGACGCGCUGUUUGGCUCCUACGAACACCUAAAGGACUGUCCACAACCCGAAAAGGCUCUUCUCCGGCUGCGAAAGAUAGCUUCUCUCGUCAAGCCUCUAAUGAGAAAGCGUUCUUGGAAGGUCAAAGUUCUAAGCGAGUUUCUGCCUGACGAUGAGCGUCUGCUGGGUCUCAACAUCAACAGAACUCAAAAGAUCUGUGUACGUCUUCGAUACACCCACAACCCAGGAACCUUCCUUCCCAUCGAACAAUGUGUCGAUACGCUACUCCACGAACUAUCUCACAUCGUUUUUGGUGCCCAUGAUUCAAACUUUCAUGCUCUUUGGGACGAGUUAAGGGAUGACCAUGAGACGCUCCUUCUCAGAGGCUAUACUGGCGAAGGCUUCCUGACUGGUGGCAGAAAGCUUGGUGGUGGUCCUGUGCCUCCACAGCAUGAGAUGAGGCGCUUAGCGCGUGCCAAUGCAGAGCAGCGUCGUGUGCUCCAGAAGGGUUCCGGCAGAACUGUUGGAGGAAAGAGGAUACCCCUGGGAGCAGAUCUUCGCAAGGUUUUGGCAGACGCAGCAGAUCGAAGAGCCACCGUUGAUCGUGGAUGCGCAUCUGGCACUGCUCAGGCCAACAACCUGGCAGAACAGGCCGGCAGACAUACUUUCAAGACCAAGGCAGAAGAAGACGAUGCCAACAAUCGCGCCAUCGCAGAGGCAUUGUUCGAUCUCAUUGAGGAAGAAGAAGCUCAAAAGAUGAACAGCACUUUCAGUACACCUCCACCAACCGGCGGUCUGACCUGGUCUAAAGAACAUGGCCUCGCCGCAACAGGACCUAGCACACACGACUCUGAUGUGUUUAGGAGCGAAGAAGAACAGAUGAAGUGGGCACUGCAGGAAAGUCUAAAAGGCGAUCAAUCUCGAAAGCGCCCUCUAUCCAUGGACGAGGAUGUACAAAUCCUUACCAAGCCACCACUUUAUGCGAAGCCGGUACUUGGAGCUGUUGCUAANAAGGACGUACCACUAAUUGAUUUGACUGAGGAAGAUGAUGGCGAUGAAGCCCCCAUCCCAGUUCCGGUUGUCCACCAACCGCCUGACUCUGGCAGCUGGGCAUGCCAAGUGUGUACUUCCUGCGAUGCUUGCGGCGUAGAGCGUCCAGCAUUCAUGACCUCAACCGUUGAUUCAAGCAAUUCUCGCCGUAGGAAUGACGCGCGUCCUCCACCAGCACAUGCAGAGAAGAAACAGACCAAAAACGAAUCACCAGGCUGGAACUGUCGCGAGUGUGGUACCUUCGUCGAGCAUAUGUGGUGGUGUUGUACUCUGUGCGGGCUCAUGAAAGAGAAAUCA